GGAUAGGUAGGGACCGAGUGCAUCGCUCUCUGCCUAAACCUGUACAGCUUCCCCCCUCACAUGCGCGGUCUAGGUUUUAUAUUCUAUGUGAGCCUCUACCAUGAUGUUAGUCUCCUCCGUCUCCUCUUUGGCUCUGAGGGCUCUGAGUCAAAUAACACGUGAUCUAAACAGAUAUGGCGACGUACAGGAGACUUCUGAAUGCUCUGGAAAUAGAUUAUUGGUGUGUCAACCGUGUGCGACUUUCAAGUCACGUGCGAUAGAAAAAAAGCUUGGCAUACCACCAAGACCGAAGAGACCAAUGACUCCAUUCAUCGUGUAUGUUGUAUCAGAGAGACCAAGAAUUGCGAAGGAAAACCCUGGCUUGCCACCCAUAGAAAUAAUGAAGAAACUCGCUGAAGGAUGGAAGACCUUCGACUCGACGCAGAAAGAAGAACUUAAGAAAACAUACAUGAAGGAGCUCGAAGAGUACUCAAAACAGAUGAUGACAUAUGAGCAGAAUCUGACUGACGAGCAGAAGAGAAGUAUCAAGGCCGAAAAAUUCAGAGAAAUUGAAGCUUCUGAAAAGCAAAAGAUGAAAUCUAGACUGCGUGAACUUGGAAAACCUAAAAAACCUCCAACGAUGUUCAUCCUCUUUAUGCUGUCCAGAGCCCACACCAAAAACAAAGGCAUGAAAUUUUCGGAUUGGCUGUCUAUUGCUGCUAAAGAGUGGAACGAAGCCCCUGCGGACGUUAAAGCAAAAUUCGAGAACGAAACUAAGAAAUUGAUGGAGGAGUACAAAAAAGAGAUGAUUAAUUGGGAAGAAAAAAUGAUUAAACUGGGUCACAUUGAUGUUGUGAGAAAACAAGUUCUCAUGGAGUUGAAGGGCAAGAGUAUGUCGAAUAAGAAGUUAUAACUGCAUUCAAAAAAUUAAUUUAAACAGAUGCAGAUGAAUGCCUCCAUAGGUCGCAUAAUUCAUCAUUUUUUUACAAUUAUUUUUGAACCGUUAGAAUAUUGUUUCUCAUGAAGUGUAAUGAAGCUUGGAGAUAUCAAACACAGUGAAUACGAAUACUUUUAUAUCUAAACAAAGCAUUCUCAAAUUUAUUCAAUCGCCUGGUAGAGGUAGUUCAAUCAUAUCUCAGGAAAAAAUGAUCAAAUGUGACGAGUCGAUUUUGUACGUCUCCUCCGGCAUAGACUUCACAAAAGAGUUGAGUUAAGGAAAAAGUGUCAAGAGACAUUUCUUGUAACUGAUAGAAUGCCGAAUACGAAAGAUUUGACCUUUUUCCUAAAGAAAAAUCUCGAAUGAAAAAUCGAAGAAAUGAGUGUUUUUAGAAAACACUGUCAAAACAUUUUCUUUUAGGAAAUUUACUUAUCAUAGGAAAAUGUCUCUCCACAUUUUUCCUUAAAACCAUUCGUUUCUGAGAUCAUAACAUAUGAGAAAAAUAUAAUUCUUUACUUAUGACGUUUUAUCAAUUGACCAUGAAUUUCAUCACAUUUCCGCGGAAAAAAAUGUCAUUAUUCAUUCACAUAAUCGAUUUAUUUACAACUGUGAAUUGUGCAAGGCUCAUAUCAGUGGCAUUGUGACUUAGCUCAGAAUAUCGAGGAUUGAGAAAACU